AGUCUGGCAAUGGCGUCAGGGUGAAGUGAACGCUCAGAGUACGGCUGUCUUUAGUUAAAGGGGAACGCCGUUGGCUUAAAGUACCGCGUCUACUCUUCUAGGGGCACGAAGUAUUGAUGUUUUCUGGUGGUCUGACGAUUACAUAACCGUCAAGGCGUGAGAGCUGUUGUUGUGUCAGUGCUAGAAUCAGGAUUCCUUUCUUUACCGUGGUAAUGACCAAGACCCCGUUCGUUGUCAAUACACAAAGAUGCCUUCCCCGACGGAAUUUCCAAGCCUCCAUCUCGCCAACACCGAAAAGCAAAGAAAGAUCCUGGAACGCGUGAGGCCCCUGAUUCUCACCGAUGAGCAGCGCCGGAAAAUCGGGGAGGUGUUCCUGGACGAAAUGAGAUUAGGUCUGGCCCUGAACCCCGAGAGAGAAUCGUCCCUUCUGAUGGAAAACACCUUCAUCCCUGAACUCCCAGACGGCACAGAAAACGGCGAGUACUUGGCGCUAGAUUUGGGAGGAACCAACUUCAGAGUUAUAUACGCCCAAAUGACUGAUGGCCAGUUUACUGAGGAGGUUGUUGAUUAUUUCCACAUACCAGACGAAGUGCGAUUAGGGUCCGGGGAAAAGCUCUUUGACUUCCUAGCCGACUGCCUCGCACAGUUUCUCACCAAGAGGAAAUUCACUGGUCGAAAUUUUCCGCUAGGCUUCACCUUUUCCUUCCCAAUGACACAGAAGAGCCUCGACAUAGGAAUCCUAGUAUCCUGGACGAAGUCCUUCAACUGCUCGGGGGCGGUGGGCAAAGACGCAGUUCGGAUGCUGAACGAGGCCAUCAAGCGGAGGGGUGACCUCGACGUCACAGUUACUGCCAUUCUUAAUGACACGACAGGUACUCUGGUGCAAGGAGCAUACCUGGACAAGCGAUGCGCCCUGGGGAUGAUUUUGGGCACCGGAUGCAACGGAUGCUACAUCGAGAAAGUCAAGAACAUCGAGAAAUGGCAGGGCAAGCACUUGGAAGACGAGAUGAUUGUCGACAUCGAAUGGGGAGCCUUUGGAGACAAUGGUGUCCUGGACUUCAUCAAAACAAAAUGGGACAGAGCUGUGGAUGACCAGUCACUACUUGUUCAUUCAUACACGUUCGAAAAAUACUUCGCUGGGAAAUACUUGGGCGACUUGUUUCGUGAGGUCCUCUUAACUCUAGCGAAGGAUGGGCUCUUCUGCGCCAAAUCCCUCGGAAAGCUACAAACUCACGGUUCCAUAACCACUACGAACGUCUCGGAUAUAGAAGAGGAUUCGUUCAAAGGAUUAGCGAACAAGACUCGAGAAGUACUUGAGAACGUAGAUUUGAGCUUCGAUGAGGACGACCUAUUGGUGGCACAGUACAUCGCUGGCAUUCUCUCCUACAGGGGAUGCGUCCUCGUUUCAAUUUUGAUCGGAUUACUCCUCAAGAGAAUGGAACGCCCCCACUGCACCGUCGCGAUUGAUGGCUCCCUCUUCAGAUGUCAUCCCAGAUUCAAACCUCUGCUGGAGAAAUUGAUUUCAGAGUUAGCGCCAGGGAGAUCGUUCGAUCUCCGCCUGGCUCACGAUGGAUCGGGCAAAGGAGCUGCUUUGGCUGCCUCCAUCGCAGAGAGACUACGGAAACGCGCCUCGUGAGGUGUCCUCGGCCUUCGUCAACAUAUCGUUGUUCUUUUUUAAUUGUUCCUCUUAGAUUUUAGCUUUACUUGCUAUGUACAGCAGCCUUUAAAGACAGUCAUUUGUUAUACUUUUGUAUCGUGCGAUUUGGUAACUGUUCGGCAUCUGUUAUGUGAUUAACACACCGUAUUACUUUCUGUAAUACGAAUCUAAAAUUGGUACUGUACUUUAAUAAAAGCAAUAAUUAAU